ACCCGCCUUCCUCCCCAUGGCCUCCAAGCCGGCUGCCGCCAGGGGCCCCGGGGAGAAGAGGAAGCGUGUGGUGCUGACUCUGCGGGAGAAGAUCGACAUCUGCACGCGGCUGGAGCGCGGCGAGAGCAGGAAGGCGCUGAUGCAGGAGUACAACGUGGGCAUGUCCACCCUGUACGACAUCCGCGCCCACAAAGCCCAACUCCUGCGCUUCUUUGCCAGCUCGGACUCCAACUCGGCGCUGGAGCGUCGGCGCACGCUGCACACACCUAAGCUCGAGCACCUGGACCGCGUGCUGUACGAGUGGUUCCUGGGCCGGCGGGCCGAGGGCGUGCCCGUGUCAGGGCCCAUGCUCAUCGAGAAGGCCCGCGACUUGUACGAGCAGAUGGGGCUCACCGAGCCCUGCGUCUUCUCGGGCGGCUGGCUGUGGCGUUUCAAGGCCAGGCACGGCAUCCGGAAGCUGGACGCGGCGGCCGAGCAGCAGGGCACUGAGCAGCAGGCGACCGAGUUCUGCGGCUUCUUCCGGAGCCUGGCGUCCGAGCACGGCCUGUCCCCCGAGCAGGUCUACAACGCUGAUGAGACCGGCCUGUUCUGGCGGUGCCUGCCGAGUGCCACGGCUGCCGCAGCUGAGGCCAUGCCAGGCCUCAGGCAGAGCAAGGACAGGCUGACGGUCCUCGCAUGUGCCAAUGCCACGGGCUCCCACAAAAUCAGGCCCCUGGUGAUCGGGAAGUGCAGCGGGGCCCCAGCUCUCAAGGCCCCCCAGCAGCUGCCGGUGGCCUACCGGGCCCAGGGGAACGUGUGGGUAGACCAGGAGGUCUUCUCAGACUGGUUCCACCACAUCUUCGUCCCCUCGGUGAAGGAGCACUUCAGCGCCGUGGGCUUUCCCGCCGACAGCAAGGCCGUCCUGCUGCUGGUCAGCUCUCGGGCCCACCCCCAGGAGGCCGAGCUGGCCUCCGACAACAUCUUCACCGUCCUGCUGCCGGCCAGCGUGGCCGCUCUCGUCCAGCCCAUGGACCAGGGCAUCCGCAGGGACUUCCUGCGGCGCUUCAUCAGCCCCGCGGCCACACCACCCGGCGCCCGCCCUCGCUGCGCCCUGCACGAGGCCAUCCUCCGAGUGGCCUGCGCCUGGGACGCGGUGCCCUGCGACGUCUUCAGCCGGGCCUGGAAGAAGCUGUGGCCUGCGGUGGCCGAGGGCUCGUCCUCCAAGGAGGAGGCUGAGCGCAGCCGGGUGGGCCAGAACCAGACCUUUGCCCACAUCAUGGAGCUGGUGCAGGACCCCCCUGCCCAGGCUGGCCGGCCACCCCUGGGUGUGACUGGCGGGCAGAAGGGCCAGGGUCGAGAGGCAGCAGAGCGGCCCCCCUCGCCUGCAGACCCGGCCCAGGCUGAGGGGGCCGGGGAGGAGGCGGCCUGGGUGCGGGCGGCCGAGUCCUUCGCCGUGGUGGUGGCCUUCGCAGAGCAGCACCCCUGCUUCUCGGCGCAUGAGCUGGACCAGCUGCGGGCGCUGCACUCUGUAUUUGCCAGGCAGCAGCUGGCGCGGGGACACCUGGCACUUCGGGCCGUGGUCAAGCUGGAGGCCCCCCGGGAGUGCUCCCCACUGCCCUGCUCGUCCACGGCCGGGCCCUGAGGGGAGGGCCCCACCCAACCGCAACCCCAGUCUCACUGUGGCAGGCAGAGAAAGGUCCGCCUUGGGCAGUGCCCAAGGCAGAGAUGGCCCGAGUCAGCAUGUCCCGUGUCU